GAGAGAAAAGCGGAGAAGGGAAGACAUCAUUUCUCUCUCAGUGUCUUUGGGGCUAAGCACUCGACGGCAACAAGACCGAGGAAAAAAAAUCUUUCUCAACAGGAUUAUAUUUAUAUAAAAUAAAUCACAAAAACUAGCCAUGGCCGAUACAGCUGUUGAUACAACCGCCACCACAGAGGUUACAGCCAAGGAGCUGAAAGAGAAGAAAGAAGCAGAAACAGCGGAGGAGGAGAAGUCGACCGAGAGCGGGGACGCACCUGCCAAUGGCACCAAUGGUGCUGAGCACAGUGACAAAAAGGAAGAAACUACAGAGGAGGAGCAGAAGAAUGGAGCUGAAGAUGCGGAGGCGGCGCCCCCUGCUGAGGAAACCGAUGCACAGCCGGUGAAGCGUGCAGCCGAAGAGGAGGAGGACAAAGCUGAGACAAAAAAGCAAAAGACAGAGGAGAAUGGCGACUCAAAAGAAGCAGACGUGGAGGCCUAAGUCUUUACCCUGCUACUUGUUUGCAGCACUGUCCUACCAGUCUGGUCAACAUUGCUUCAUAGAGCUUGUGCUUUCUAUGUUUUCGAUAGAGAUUUUCCUUUCGGUUGCUCCCAUA